GCGGCCGAUGACUAGACUUUUUCUAUUCGGCAUCAAAAUAAAGAUGGCGCUGCCCAUGAGUGAGAAGAAAAUUACUGUUUCCUCCUUUUGUGAGGCAAAUUCACAAAUUCCAGAAUGGCUAAGAUCAGAACAUCUAACAGGGACUACCAUCAUGGCAGUGGAAUUUGAUGGCGGUGUGGUAAUUGGAGCCGACUCAAGGACAACCACUGGGUCUUACGUUGCCAACCGUGUGACUGACAAGCUGACCAAGGUGUGUGAUCGUAUCUACUGCUGUCGAUCAGGUUCUGCAGCUGACACCCAGGCUAUUGCAGAUAUUGUCUCCUAUCUCUUGGAGUUUCACAGCAUCAACCAAAACGAACCGCCCCUCGUACACACAGCUGCCAACCUCUUCAGGAACCGUUGCUAUGACUACAGAGACUCGCUCUUGGCUGGUAUCAUUGUAGGAGGCUGGGACAAGGAGAAGGGAGGCCAGGUGUAUUCUGUACCUCUUGGAGGUAUGUUUGUAAGACAACCAUGUGCCAUCGGAGGCUCAGGUAGCACCUACAUCUAUGGCUAUGUGGAUGCCCAUUACAAGGAGGGCAUGAGCAAAGAUGAAUGCCUCCAGUUUGUGUCUAACGCUGUAUCCCUGGCCAUGUUCCGUGAUGGUUCCAGCGGUGGCAUCGUACGUCUCGCCGUCAUCACCGAGGAUGGAGUUGAAAGGAAGACCAUCCUGGGCAAUGAAUUACCUCGUUUCUAUGAAGGAUAAAAACAACCUGAUUUAGAAACGUUAAACUGUUAAUGCAUUCAUCACACCAACUGAAGGGUUUAACUGGGCAAGUCCAGGGUUUUGGGGUCAUUUGUCCCGUAAUAUUGUGAAGUUCUGAACCUAAAUUGACAUCAACUGCGUCAUUUCACUUCAUAUUCGGUCUAAUCCAAACUGUAGUAGGAUUGUUAACUUUAUAGCUUUUGGAUAAUGUUAUAAAGAAUGAAAUAGCUUGGACGUCCCAACUAAAAUUAUAAGGAAAGCAUCUUCAUGUGAAGUAAUUCUGUCCUUUGAAAAUAUUUAGCUUUUGCAGAAAAUGCUUUAUGAUAAUCAUAUAUCCCAACAUUCAUGUCUUUCUUUUAGGCAUUAUUAUUCCCUUUAACUUUGGGGUGUGGCAAUAUCAUUUGCUACUUAGUAAUGAACAGAUUCGGUGAGAAAUUUGAUCACGAAACGCAAUUACUGGAUAAAUUUGAAAGAUAAUUUCUCUCUAUACCUGAUAAUACUUUGAAAAGAAAUGCCCAAUAAAUA